AUGGACCCUUCCCGCCGGGCGAUGCUCGCCAGCACUGGCUCUGGCCGAAGGGAUAUCGCGUCUCCUCGAGCUGACCCAGACACGCGGGUGACCAAGGUCGGCCAGUCAGGCGCACCAUCCAAGACUGCUCAGAAUGCGGCCAGAUAUCUCUCCUCCGAUGAGCAGUCUCGUCAGUUUGUGGCCGAAGAGGACAAGUUUGUGCUCAAGCAGUCCAAGAAGAAGGCAGACAUCCGCGUCCGCGAGGGCCGUGCCAUGCCCGUCGAUAGCCUCGCGUUCAACCUGAGAUUUAUCGACAAGAAUCGGGACGUUUUUGACGACCAGGACGCGGAUGUGGACGUUGAACUGAAGCAGCCUGUGGAAUUGGUGGAGAGCCUGAAUGUCGCGCAGCUCGCGGAGCUGGACACCGGCAUCCGCUCCUUUCUCGCACUGGAAGGGGAUCAGGUCCAUCGACAAUACUGGGAAGGCCUCCAGACCAUCUGCGCGGAUCAAAAGUCCAACCUGGAUCCGUACGGACGGAAUGAUCAGGCCUUGCGGGUGGUUGCCGCCAACAUUGACAAAAUCCUGCAUGGCAAAACAUACGAACGACUCGAGCUUCUCGAGACGCAGGUGAACGAGAAGAUCCGGUCCAACGAGGUGAUAGACAACGACUACUGGGAGCAGCUGUUGGCCAACAUCGUACUGCGCAAGGCGAAAGCGCAGGUGGAAAAAAUCUUUCAGACCGUCGUCGAGGCGCGGGACAAGCUCGCGAAGGAGCUGGAGCCCUCUCGGAAGCCCGUUUCGACCGCUGCCGGCGCAUCGACGGCGACGACGGCGACGGCAGCCGAGGGCCAGCAAGCCGCCGUCAUGACGGCUUUUUCGGCCGUCGGCAACGAGGACGUGUCGCUCGCGACCAAGGCGCUCUACGACCGCGAGGCUGCGCAAGGAUUGCUCGAGAACGAAGAACUCUUCACCGCCGAGGCGGACGUGCCCAGCGCCAAGAAGCCUGCAUGGGCGGGACAAUACAGGGCCCGCAAGCCGAAAUACUUUAACAGGGUGCAGAUGGGCUACGAUUGGAACAAGUACAAUCAGACACACUUUGACCACGACAACCCGCCCCCCAAAGUCGUCCAGGGCUACCGAUUCAACCUAUUCUAUCCGGACCUCGUGGACAAGACGAAGGCGCCGACGUACAAGAUCUUUCGAGAGGGUGGACGCAGGGCGGGCGAAUCCUUCGCUCCCGCGGGGGAGGAAGACACGUGCCUCGUCAUCUUCAUCGCCGGCCCGCCGUAUGAGGAAAUUGCCUUUCGCGUCGUGGACCGGCCGUGGGAUUUCAGUGCGAAGAGGGACCGUGGCUUCAAGAGCGCUUUUGACAAGGGCAUUCUUCAGCUCCAUUUCAACUUUAAAAAGAUAUUCUAUCGCAAGUAA